AUGGAAGUGGAUAUUCCGUCGCCAAUCAAGAAAGACAAGAAAAAGAAGAAAAUAAAACAAGAACCCGAGACGGAGAUUGAAAAUUUGGGCGAGAUUCAAAAGUCGGGCGAUUUCCAGUUAAAACCAUCGUCUGCCAUCGCUACCCUGGACACGUCCAAAUGGCCCCUGCUGUUGAAGAACUUCGACCGCUUGAACGUGCGCACCAACCAUUACACGCCACUGCCGUUCGGAUCGUCUCCGUUGAACCGUAAGAUAAACGACUAUGUAUCGGCCGGCUUUAUCAACUUGGACAAACCGUCCAACCCUAGCUCGCACGAAGUGGUAGCAUGGAUCAAGCGAAUACUGAAGGUAAACAAAACGGGCCAUUCGGGAACACUAGAUCCGAAGGUAACGGGUUGCUUGAUCGUGUGCAUUAAUCGUGCGACACGUUUGGUGAAGAGCCAACAGAGCGCCGGUAAAGAGUAUGUGGCCGUGUUUAAGCUGCACUCCGCCGUGGAAAAGAUCGCUAAAGUGACCCAGGGGCUUGAGAAGCUGCGAGGUGCUCUGUUCCAGCGCCCUCCUUUGAUUUCAGCCGUCAAGCGACAACUGCGUGUGCGAACCGUGUACGAUUCUAAGCUGUUGGAUUACAAUGACCAACGUAAUAUAGGCGUAUUUUGGGUAAGUUGCGAAGCUGGUUCUUACAUUCGAACGAUGUGCGUCCACCUGGGUCUUGUACUCGGUGUCGGCGGACAGAUGCUCGAACUUCGCCGCGUCCGUUCCGGUAUUCAGUCGGAAAAGGAUGGCAUGGUGACGAUGCACGAUGUGCUAGAUGCUCAGUAUCUGUACGAAAAUCACAAGGACGAGUCAAUGCUACGCCGUGUGAUAAAACCACUGGAGGGUUUGCUCAUUGGCCAUAAGCGCAUCAUCAUGAAGGACAGCUCGGUGAAUGCGGUGUGCUAUGGGGCGAAAAUUUUACUACCCGGCGUUCUGCGCUACGAGGACGGUAUCGAGAUCGAUCAAGAAAUCGUGAUCUUAACUACCAAGGGCGAAGCAAUUGCUUUGGGCAUUGCUCUAAUGACGACGGCCACGAUGGCUGGAUGUGAUCAUGGAGUCGUUGCUAAAAUUAAACGCGUCAUAAUGGAACGCGACACAUACCCACGCAAAUGGGGUCUUGGUCCGAAGGCUUCGAUGAAGAAGCGGUUGAUAUGGUCGGGAAAGCUGGAUAAGUACGGUAAACCGAACGAAAACACUCCGAAAGAUUGGCUUGACAGCUACACCGACUUCAACCAGUCGGCCAAGCAAACGAAUGGGAAUGGAACAUCCACAGCGGAUGAUGAUCUAGCUGGUGGCAAGCGCAAACUUAGCAUUGGCGAUACCAACAUGGAAUCGGUAAUUGGCGAUGGAGAAGAGAAGAAAAAGAAAAAGAAGAAACACAAGAAGGAUGCUGAAGAUGCCACGGAAGAAGGCGAAGAGGAACAGCCAAUGGACCAGACGGCAGGUGAGGAAGAUGCGAAGAAGGAGAAAAAGAAAAAGAAAAAGAAAGAUAAAAAUAUAUCAAUGGAAGAAGCGGCCGAGUAA